ACUUGUAGAAGAUCUUAGAUUUUUUGAAAUUAGGAAUAAGCUGAUUACACUAUUCAUAACUCAAUGUUUGUCUUAUUUGAAAACUUUGUUACAAUCAGAAAUUAUUAAUCAACCUAUUAGUAAAGAAAUGAGAUUUAAAUUUGAAGAAAAUCUUGUUGAUACUGAAAUAUAUAUUGUGAUGUUUUCAAUUCAAUGCUUUGAUUCACAGUUUAUCCAAAUUCAACAUCAUAAUAUUACUUAUACUCAGAAAUUCAAGAAUUUAAAAAAUCAACUAACCAAAUUAUUCAAGAGUGGUCAAUUUACUGUGGAUUAG